CGGGCCAGGCAGGCGGAGGAAGGCGGCGGCGGCGGAGGCUUGCCGGGAGGAGCGGGCGAGCGGGGCGCGGCGCCUGCCUGGGCGAUGCUUCGGCUGCGGGGCGCGCUGUGCUGGCUGGGCGGCUGGGCUGCGCUCCUGCUGGGCUGGCCGGCCGAUGCCGUGGCCGCCGCCGACAGCCUGCAGCUGCCGCCCUGCCGGGAGGCCGACUACCACUUUGAGUACACCGAGUGCGACAGCAGUGGGGCCAGGUGGCGGGUGGCCCUCCCCAAUCCGGGAGCCGAGUGUUCGGGCUUGCCUGACCCAGUCAAAGGGAAAGAGUGCACUUUCUCUUGCGCUUCUGGGGAAUACCUGGAGAUGAAGAACCAGGUUUGCAGCAAAUGUGCCGAAGGGACUUACUCACUGGGAAGCGGGAUCAAAUUCGACGAAUGGGAUGAUCUGCCGGCAGGGUUCUCUAACGUGGCCACGUACAUGGACUCCGCCCUUGGCUCAACCGAGAGCAAAGCAGACAGCUGUGCCAAAUCUUCGUGGGCCCCUCGUGGGAAUUACAUUGAGUCCAACAGGGACGACUGCACCGUCUCUUUAAUCUACACCGUCCACCUGAAGAAACCCGGCUCCGUCUUCUUCGAGUACCAGUAUAUUGACAACAACAUCUUCUUCGAGUUCUUUAUUCAGAACGACCAGUGCCAAGAGAUGGACUCCGCCAGUGACAAGUGGGUGAAAUUGACAGAUAACGGAGAAUGGGGCUCCUAUUCUGUAGCGCUGAAAUCAGGAACGAAUAUCUUGUACUGGAGGACGACGGGGAUCCUGAUGGGGUCGCAGGUGGUCAAGCCCAUCCUUGUGAAAAACAUCACAAUCGAAGGGGUAGCCUACACGUCUGAAUGCUUUCCCUGCAAACCGGGCACCUUUAGCAACAAAUCAGGUUCCUCCCUGUGCGAAGUCUGUCCAAGAAACACCUACUCAGAGAAAGGGGCCAAGGAAUGCACCAGGUGUCCAGAAGCCACCCAUUACUCAGAUGAAGGAUCGGGCCAGUGUCUGGAACGCCUUCCUUGCUCCAACAAGGACUUCUUCCAAAUCCACACGCCCUGCGAUCGGGAAGGGAAAACCCAGGUCAUGUACAAGUGGGUGGAGCCCAAGAUCUGCCAAGAGGACGUCUCCGAAGCGGUGAAGCUCCCUCCUUCGGGAGAGAAGAAAGAAUGUCCGCCUUGCAACCCGGGUUUCUACAAUAACGGCUCCUCUUUCUGCACUCCGUGUCCAGCAGGGAUGUUUUCUAAUGGAAAUCAGGAGUGCAAGGCUUGUCCUGCUGGCACUGAACCAGUGCUUGGCCUGGAAUACAAGUGGUGGAAUACGCUGCCUCUCAACAUGAAGACUUCUUGCUUCAACGUUGGGAACUCCAAAUGCGAUGGGAUGAAUGGCUGGGAAGUUGCUGGCGAUCACAUCCGGAGCGGAGCAGGAGGCUCCGAUAACGACUAUCUCAUUGUGAACCUCCACGUGCCAGGAUUUAAGCCUCCCACGUCGGUAACGGGGGCGACGGGCUCAGAGCUUGGCCGCAUCACCUUCGUGUUUGAGACCAUCUGCUCUGCAGACUGUGUGCUCUACUUCAUGGUGGACAUGAACAAGAAGAGUACCAACGUGGUGGAGUCGUGGAGCGGGGCGAAGGGCAAGCAGUCGUACGCCCACCUCAUCUCCAAGAACGCUUCCUUCACCUUCACCUGGGCUUUCCAGAGAACCAACCAAGGCCAAGAUAACAGGAAGCUGAUCAACGACGUGGCCAAGAUCUACUCGAUCACCGUGAGCAACGCAGUUGACGGAGUGGCCUCCUCCUGCCGGGCCUGUGCUGUAGGCCUAGAACAGUCCGGCUCCUCCUGCGUCCCGUGCCCUGUUGGCCACUACAUAGAGAAGGAAACCAACCAGUGCCAGGCGUGCCCUCCCAAUACCUACCUCUCUAUCCACCAGGCCUACGGAGAGGAACCCUGCGUCCCUUGUGGGCCUGGCAGCCAGAGCACCAAGGACCGUUCGGCCUGCUACAAUGACUGCCUCUUCUCCUCCGCCAGGAACAACCACAGCCUGACCUACGAUUUCAGCCGCCUGGGCAGAGUGGGCUCCUUAAUGAACGGGCCCAGCUUCACCGCCAGGGGCACAAAGUUCUUCCAUUUCUUCAACAUCAGCCUGUGUGGCUCCCAAGGAGAAAAGAGAGCCAUCUGUGCGGACAACAUCACGGACGUAACGCUGAAGGACAUGGUGUCCGAGUCAGAAGAUUACUCCAACGUCGUGAGGGCCUUUGUCUGCCAGUCGACCAUCAUCCCUCCGGACAGCAAGGGCUUCCGCACCGCUUUGGCCCUCCAGUCCAACAGCCUGGCCGACGUCUUCCUGGGAGCAACGGUUGAAACCACCCUGGGAAAUGUUAAUAUUAAGCCAGAAAUGUUUGGGCCAUCUGAAACCAAGCUGCCUGAUGUUCAUUUUUAUUACAAGUCGUCGGGAGCUUCCGCCACUUGCGAACACGGCCGGGCGUCCGUCGUGACGAUGCGGUGCAACCCCACGAAACUUGGCCAGGGAGAAAUUUCCGUCCCCAGUUCUUGUCCUGCAGGUACCUGUGAUGGGUGUAUGUUCAACUUCUUGUGGGAAAGCGCAGAAGCGUGUCCCAUGUGCACCGAGCAGGAUUAUCACGAGAUCGAGGGGGCUUGCAAAAAGGGGCACCAGGAAACCUUAUACGUCUGGAAUGAGCCCAAGUUGUGCAUCAAAGGGGUUUCCUUGCCUGAAAAAAAGAUUAUCAUCUGUGAAACGGUGGAUUUCUGGUUGAAAGUCGGGGCAGGGGUCGGGGCCUUCACAGGAGUCCUGCUCAUUGCCUUAACUUGCUAUUUCUGGAAGAAAAAUCAGAAAUUGGAAUAUAAAUACUCCAAACUGGUGAUGACGGCCAAUUCCAGAGAGUGUGAGCUGCCUGCGGCCGACAGCUGUGCUAUCAUGGAAGGAGAAGACAACGAAGAGGAAAUUGUGUAUUCGAAUAAACAGUCCUUGCUGGGAAAGCUCAGGUCCCUGGCCACCAAGGAAAAAGAAGACCGCUUCGAAUCUGUCCAGCUGAAAUCCUCCAGAUCUCAAAAUAUAUGACGGUUCGGUUCUGCCCGUCGAGCCCAAUUUCCAUUUCCAGGGGACCAAUGCUUCAAACUCGUGCUGGACCACAUCGGAGGGACUGGCUUCCUGCGUGAGAAACGUUGAGCGAUGGACACAGAAAGCAACAGAGAAAGAGAAGAAGAAGAAGAGGAAGGAGAAAAGGAGACACUGCCUUAUCGCGAGACUCAGUUGCCAAAAGCAAAGCCAGCCCUUGGCACCCCACAUCUGGCUCAACUCAGGGAAGGAGG